AUGAAAAUUGAUGGCCCACAAAGACCUCCACUCCCAGAGACUAUCGCUUUGGCUAAAAGAAUAUUUCUCGCGAAUGUAACAAAUGCUGAGAAAUCUAUACUUGAUUUGGGCUCAAAAGCUGUGGAGAGAGACAUCGAAAAGAUAGCGACGGUUUUGAUUCGGUCGAGUCAACAGACGGAGGAGAACAUAGAGUCUCAGAGCAGAGCCCCGACCACAACCAUACAAGUGGCCCGACUUUCGAUCGACAGAACCGAUGGUUCGGCCGAAUCUAUAGUCAACGAUAUUAGUCGACAACAGAUUCUCGUCAAGUAUUUGAGUGAUUGUAUUAAAUUCACUGAACAAAUACAGAUCGCAAUUCCGUUGGUUUCGGACCUAUUGUUGUCCCGUAAUAUAACGGACAUUCAAGAGGCCAUUGAGUUCUUUGUGUCCGCCUAUAAGUUUGGUGUGAAGGACGCCAUAUUCGGUGUCAGAAAAUUAAUUUUGUUGGUCUGGUCUCAGGAGAAGUCUAUCAAAGAUUCAGCCGUUUCUGCGUAUAAACGCAUUUAUUUAGACUUUGAAAGCGAUGCCAGACUUUCGGAAAUGUCUGAAAAACAUAAGGCGUUUUCAGUGGUCAAGAGUUUGUCGGAGUUAGUAAUGGGCGCCACUUUAGGAGAACUCAUUUCGAUUGAACAACUAUUGAAAGAGUUGAUGGACUCGAAUGAGAUCCAACAGAUGCACAUUCAGGUCCUUUGGGAGCGGUUUUCCAUGAAAUUAACGAAUACCACAUCCGAAGAGAGCAGAGCCGCCAUUCAAUUGAUAGGAAUGCUGUCCACAUCUAAUCCAGAACUGAUCCGUUCGAAGGAAAACCUGAACGCAAUCAUUACCGAAGGAUUGGGCGAAAGGGGACGAAAAGAUUCACGACUUGUCAGCGAGACGUGCAUUGCUUUGGGAAAAGCAUAUCGGUUGCCAAAGACUGAUACAUGCGAACAGUUCUACCGUUUGCCCAAAGAUCACGAAUUAUUCACUCAUUUGCGGACAAUUUUGCUCAACGGUUUGGAUAACCUGUCGGACAACUACUACGAUAUGAUGUCCGACAAUAUAAUUAAAGUGAUCUUCCAAUUGGCAGAACAUCCCGACUCUCUUAGCGAACAAUUCAUACGAGAAAUGCUAUUAAAGUUAAUAUCAUUGACUCAAAGCGAAGAACUGACGACUGAUAUGCAGACCGUUUCGUUAGACAACGCGAACAAAGAGAAUUGCGAACAGAUCUCUAAUCAGGACAUCACUGAAGCCGAUAGACAAUCGACUGUUUCGUCCCAACAAACGACGGAACCAUUGGUUACGCAAACCAUUCGAACCGUUCGUUACCUGAACUCAGAAAUAUUGGCGCGUUUUAUAUCAAUGAUCGGAAACAUAGCACUCAAUGUCUUAAUUCAUAUCGACUUAAAUAUUUUGACUGAACUUAAGAUAAGAAAUUACAUCAAAGAAGAGAAGGACAAGAAAAAAGACAAGACUCCCAGAAGAAGGUCGAGAACACCGGGCAAAACGCCCGGCGACCAGAAUCUCGAGGAGGAGAUCGGGUUGGCCGGAGCUAACGCUAUGGAAGACCAGGAACAGGAGUAUCUCAACAAUAUGUGCAAUAAUGAGAUUGUUCUCGGCAAUAAUCUGUUGGCCCGACUCAGCGAACUAGUGGUCAAUAUAGCACAGGAUCGGGUGGUCUACUCGGAUGUGAAACUGCGAACGGCUGCGAGUCUCACAUUAGCCAAGUAUAUGUGUUUGAGUGAAAACUUCUGUCGUCUGCACAUAAGACUAUUGGCCACAAUCAUGGAAAAGUCCGAAGAGGCGGUCAUUCGCGCCAACACUAUCAUCGCUUUGGGCGAUCUGUGCGUCCGGUUUCCCAAUCUGUUAGACCAGUGGUCGACACUUAUGUUCCAACGAUUACGCGAUACCGACGUAACCGUCAAAAUGAAUACAUUGAAAGUGAUGUCGCGACUGAUCCUCUCGGAUAUGGUCAAAGUGAAGGGACAGAUCAGCGAAAUGGCCGCUCUUAUGGUCGACCAAAACGAGUUGCUUUCCUCUCAUUCGAGGCUCUUCUUCACCGAAUUGGGCAAAAAACAAAACGCCGUUUACAACGUAUUGCCAGAUAUUAUCAGCCAUUUGUCCGACACUGAGACCGGUUUGGCAGAAGAGGACUUCCGAACGGUUAUGAAAUUCAUCUUUGAUUUGAUCGAAAAGAAUAGACAAACCAUUUGUUUGGUCGAGAAGUUAUGCGAACGAUUCCGUAGCACUACGGAUGACCGCCAGUGGAGGGAUUUGGCGUAUUGUCUCAGUUUAUUGAACUAUUCUGAGCGCUCUUUCCUUAAACUACACGAAAAGCUGAUCUGUUUUGCGGACAAACUGUGCUGUGAUUUCGUCUACGAAUGCAUUCAAACAAUUAUAACGACGACUCGAAAGAUACCGAACAUUAAGAACGAAACGAAACAAAUAAUCGACGAAUUCGAGCACAAAGUAGAGGAAUGUCGGACUAAAGGCACCAAUGAAGACGACUCUGAGUUCCAGAAAGUGGUCGGCACUCCACAGUCGACUGUCAAACGCACAGCGCGUCAGCCAUCGGCUAACAAACGCACCGGUGUUUCAUCCAAGAAGAAACCACAACAAAGUAAGACAAAGAGGAAAGUGGUCUCCAAAGGGUCCGAAGAGGACGACACCGACGAAGAGAUUGCCACUAAUAAACGGAUGGUUUCCGGACAGCGAUCCGAUCGACCACAACGACAGUCCAGACGAGCGCUACCUAUCAUAUCAUCGGAUGACGAGAGCUCCUCAUAAUAUUUGUUUAAAAUAUUGAACACUUUUUUGUAGCUAUUCUUCACUUUAUUAUACAUUCAUUUUAUAACAUAUUCUAAGACUUAUUUAUGUCUCACUCUUGAUGUAAACAUUC